AUGAAACACCACUCCAUAAACUUACACCAACGAAUUGUUAAGUUGAAGCUUAGUCAAAACCAUUUUGACUCUGCAAAAAGUGGUGGUAAAGGCAGCAAAUUUCUGAUUCAGUGCAACACCCAGAUAGCAGAAAAUGGACGAAACGGCAACGUCAAAGAGGCUGAAACGAUAUUCCGCAUGAUGCCCAGAAAAAACACUGUCUCUUGGACUGCCAUGCUCACUGCCUAUGCCCAAAAUGGCCAAAUCGAAAGUGCCCGCAAGGUGUUCGACGAAAUUCCUGAACCAACUACUGCUUCGUAUAAUGCUAUGAUCUCUGCUUAUAUCCGCAACGGUUGCAAUGUAGGCGAGGCUUAUAAGCUUUUUUCCGUGUUGGGUGAACGCAACUUUGUGUCAUAUGCUGCCAUGAUCACGGGUUUUGUUAAGGCAGGGAAUUUCAACCGGGCUGAGGAAUUGUACCGUGAGGCUCCCCAUGAGUUCCGGGAUCCGGUUUGCUCGAAUGCAUUGAUAAAUGGGUACUUGAAGAUGGGUGAAGUUAAUGAGGCUUUGCGGGUUUUUGAGAAAAUGGGUGAGAGGGAUGUGGUUUCUUGGAGUGCCAUGGUUGAUGGUUUGUGCAGGGAUGAGAGGGUUGCUGGUGCUAGGAACUUGUUUGACAGGAUGCCUGAGAGAAACGUGGUUUCUUGGAGUGCAAUGAUAGAUGGGUACAUGGAGAAAGGAUUCUUUCAAGAAGGGUUUUAUUUGUUUUUGGAUAUGAGGAAGGAAGGCCUUGUUGGAGUUAAUUCCACUACCAUGACUAUUGUGCUUAAAGCAUGUGGAAGUUGUGGUAGGAUGCCAGAGGGCAUGCAGAUACAUGGGUUGGUUUCGCGCAUGGGAUUUGAAUUUGACAAUGUUUUGAGUAAUUCUAUUAUUACUAUGUAUUGCAUGUUUGGAUGCACACACAUGGCAAGCAAAAUAUUUUGUACCAUGAGCAACAAAGACAAUGUUACUUGGAAUUCCUUAAUUUCUGGAUAUGUUCAUAACAAUGAAGUAGAAGCAGCUUACAGGGUUUUUGAGAGGAUGCCAGAGAAAGACUUGAUUUCUUGGACAGCCAUGAUCACGGGAUUCACUAAGAGUGGAAGAGUUGCAAAGGCCAUAGAGCUGUUUGAUAUGUUGCCAGAAAAAGAUGAUUUUGUUUGGACGGCCGUUAUAUCUGGGUUUGUGAAUAAUAAGGAGUAUGAGGAAGCUUUGCAUUGGUAUGCUCAGAUGAACCGGCAAGGAUGCAGGCCUAAUCCUUUAACUAUGAGCAGUGUUCUAGCUGCUUCAGCUGCUUUGGUAGCAUUGAAUCAAGGGCUUCAGAUUCAUAGUUGUGUUCUAAAGAUGAACCUAGAAUAUAAUCUCUCCGUACAAAACUCUCUUAUAUCAUUUUACUCUAAGUGUGGAAAUGUAAUUGAUGCCUACAGGAUCUUCAUAGAUGUCACUGAACCAAAUGGUGUCUCUUAUAACUCAAUCAUUAAUGGGUUUGCACAAAAUGGACUUGGUGAAGACGCUCUCAGUAUCUAUAAAAAAAUGCGGAGUGAAGGCCUUGAACCCAAUCAUGUUACUUUCCUUGCUGUUCUUUCGGCCUGUUCUCAUGCAGGACUAAUUGAAGAGGGAUGGAAUUUAUUUAACACAAUGAAAUCUCAUUAUGGAAUUGAACCAGAAGCUGAUCAUUAUGCAUGCAUAGUUGAUCUCCUUGGCCGUGCUGGUUUGCUAGAUGAAGCUAUUGAUUUAAUCCGUUCAAUGCCAUUAAAGCCCCAUUCUGGUGUUUGGGGUGCUAUUCUUGGUGCAAGCAAGACCCACCUACGUCUCGACCUUGCUAAGCUUGCAGCUCAACAUAUUACUGAGCUGGAGCCUGCAAAUGCAACUCCUUAUGUAGUAUUAUCCAGCUUGUAUUCUGCUGCUGGGAAAAAGAUUGAGGGUGACUUAGUAAGAAAGACAAAAAAUUUAAAGGGAAUAAAAAAAAAUCCAGGUUGUAGUUGGAUUACUAUGAAAGAUGAGAUUCAUCUGUUUCUUGCAGGGGAUCAAUCACAUAAGAAUAUUGAAGAGAUAAAAGCUACCCUAUUGACUAUGGAUAAGGAGAUGCAGUAG